AGCACAACCGCCUACGUUGGUUACCGUGCUGUCAUUCUGCGGGACGAUAGAGGAAAUAGAACCGAAACGGCCUGGCAAGAUUUCAUCAUGUGUGGCGGUUGAGAGGAAUGAAUGCGGUUGUUGGUUCGUGUUUCCUGUUUAGGCGACUCCCUGGGCACAUGCGGUAAACGCACUCCGACAUCAGUUUUCCCGAAGACAACAUCGAGAAUGGGUGACUGUCCCCGGCAAAGGCCACUGUUUACGUUCGGCGUGAUAGCUGACAUUCAGUACGCAGAUAUCGAGGACGGAUACAAUUACACCCGGUCGAGGAGGCGGUACUACCGGAGCAGUCUCCAGCUGCUGAGAAAUGCCCAGGAGAGUUGGUCAGAGUCGUCCGUCAAGCCCGAGUUCAUCCUUCAGCUGGGAGACAUCAUCGACGGCUUUAACAAGGGCCACGACGCCUCUGACAGCUCACUGGACACCGUGCUGAGCGAGUUCGGCUCCAGCACCGUGGAGGUCCACCAUGUGUGGGGGAACCACGAGUUUUAUAACUUCAGCAGGAGCGCGCUGCUGAGUUCCAAGCUCAACAGCACGCCCCGCACCGACAGGAGCCUGAGCGGGGCCCGGGCUGGCUCUGAUAUCUAUGCCUACCACUUCAGCCCAUUCCCCGGGUUUACAUUUGUUGUACUGGAUGCCUAUGAUGUGAGCCUGCUGGGCAGAGAGGAGUCCAGUGAACAGUACAGGAGUGCUAUGAAUUUGAUAAAACAGUACAACAACAACGAGGAUCUCAACUGUCCCCCAGUGUUUGAGGGCCUACAGCAGAGGUUCACAAUGUUCAACGGUGGGUUCAGUAAGGACCAGCUGGACUGGCUAGAUUCUGUGCUGUGUUGGGCUGAUGAGAAACGGGAAAGAGUCACCAUCGUCAGUCACCUCCCUGUCCACCCCUGCUCCACAGACCCCAUCUGCCUUGCCUGGAACUUCGAUGAGCUCCUGGCCGUCAUACACUCUCACAGCACUGUGGUGUGUUUCAUGGCUGGACACGACCACGACGGUGGAUACUACUGGGAUAAAGACACGGGGGUGCACCACCUGACGCUAGAGGGCGUGAUUGAGACUCCCCCUGACAGCAACGCCUUCGGCACAGUCUCCGUCUACGAGGACAGGAUGGUGUUAAAAGGGAGCGGGAGGAUCACAGAUCGAGUGUUUAUGUUUCCAUGAUGCCAAAGUGACACAGAUCAUAGGGCAAUAUGAAAUGCAUUCAUCUGUCAUCCCAUAGCACGGGCCUUGCUAUGUUUUUAUCAGCUGAAAAAACAUUCACUGACUAGGACGCAUUUCAGUUAUGGUAAUGAAAUCACUUAAGUUCUGGACGACCUAUAACUUGAUAUUCUUUUAGUAAAAUUUUAAGGGCAAGGAGGGAAUACUUUUAAAUGCUGAACUACUGACAACUAAAGUAUUACAAUAACACAGACACAAAUAUAGGACCUCAAAUAAUUUAUUGCACUUAUGAGUUCGGGUUUUUAUUUUUUUCCUGAUUAAAAUAUGAAAUUUUUAUUAUACACUGGUUGUUUUAAUUUGGAGAUUUAGUGAUAAAAGUUGCAUAUUUAUUUAUUUUAUUAAGGAGGAAGGGAUUUUUCUAUAGGAAUCGCUGCCUUUUUGCAUGUUUGCCUAUUGCACAAAACUGACAUACUGUUAUUCAUACUGUUAAAUAUAAUUGAUAUAUUAUCCGGUUUUGAGGUGAUAGGAUCAGCACAAGAUAAGUGCAAAUCUGUAUUAUUUACAGUGUAAAACAGUAUAAUGACUAAUAAAACUCUAUAGCAGCAGCAGUUGAUCGUCCAUGCCCGGCUAAAUGUCACAUUCAUAUCUCUACCAUCCUGUGCUGCAUUCAAGCUACAAGGGAAUGUGGUCGAUUCAAGCU